UUCUCUUCCGGCAGCUCUGCGCCCCCUCUUCCCCACCCACCACCACGCCAGGCCAGGCCAGGCUAGGCUUUCCCAUUCCAUUCCCCUUCCCCUUCCGUUGCGAGCCCAGCCCAUCCCCAAAUGGCGCCUCCGUCCUCCUCGUCCGCCCCGCCGCCGUCGUCGUGGGUCAUCCUAGGCAGCAUCCAGCGCGUCUCCGCACCGGCCGGCGGGGGCGACGCCUCCCUCGCGCUCGCGGCGCCGCCGCGCGUCUCGAUCCUCAACGUCUCCCAGAGCGUCUUUCCGGAAGCGGCCACGCCCCAUCACUUCCCCUUCGUCCUCGCCGCCGACCCUUCCGGCCUGCUCCUCCUCCAGGCCAACCUGAGCCGCCCGCCCAGACGCGAAGUCCUCGACGGCCCCGCCAGCCAUGGCGUGUACUGGAAAGACUCCACCUCGCGCUACUUCGUUCUCGACGCCACCACCGCCCCGGGGACGGCGUUCCACCUCCCCGACCCCGAGCCCCCCAACACCAUCCUGCACCAGGCCCUCCUCGGCCUUCUCGCCUCCCCUGCCGGUGGCGGACACUACAUGGUCGCGGAGCUCCAGCCCAUCAUCGGCCUGGACAAAGCCACGCUCCUCUGCUUCUCCACAGAGGUCGGGGAGUGGGUCGAGAAGCGCGUCCACUGCCCGCUCCCGCCACGCCCGCUGGUUCCCAUCGGCGUGGUCUCGCACCACGGGAGGUUCUGGUGGGUGGACCUCUCAUGGGGCGUCAUCCACUGCGACCCCUUCGCCGACAAGCCGGUCCUGGGCUUCGUCCCCUUCCCGCCGGAGAGGGUCCUCAAGUGCAGGGAAGGCUGGGGUGUCACCGACGAGUACCGCUACGUGGGCGUCAGCGAUGGCAAGCUGCGGUUCGUUGACACGUACGUGCGCAGCGGCGACGCUCCCAAGGUCGCCGUGUGGACGCUGGCACAUCCAGACUCCACGGAGUGGACGCUGGAGCAGGAGACGACGUUUGCGGAGAUCUGGGGCGACAAGAGCUACAAGGCCACCAGGCUGCCCAAGAAGAUGCCCGUGCUUGCACUCAUCCACCCCAAGAACCCGUGCGUCGUCUUCUUCUUCCUGGAGCAGCAACUCUUCGGCGUCGACGUGCGCACGCGCAAGGUCGUGGACUGCAAGCCCUAUGGGCUAGUUGCGCCGCCGAGCUGCUACAUCGCCAGCCGAUUCGUUCGCGCUUGGGAGUUGCCGCAGCCGCUCCCCUCAGAUAAUAACGCAAUGCCAUCCUCCUGUCCUGUCGGUAUAUAUGUUUCUUGUCCAUUGAUCAUGGUCAUCUGCCGUAUGUCCAAUUCGUCAAAAAUUUCCCCUUUCUAAGCCAGGGGAUGUCUUGUGUGUACUAUCUAGCUCUGUAGGAGUACUUCCUUGCAAAUAUCAUGUGAUCUCUUCCUAUAUGCCUCUUUGGUUUGAAUAUGCAUCUUUAAGAGGGAUCAGUGAACUGCCAUAAAA